ACUCCGGCGCUCUCUGCUCUCCUCUCCGCACACCGUCUGUGAUCCUCCUCAAACCCGGGACCAAAACCUGCUGCGCACAUUCCUGAGGACGACUAUCUGGUCUGCUCAUGAUCCUUUCAUUCCCACAGACCAGGAGCCAUCUUUGGAGAUCACCUGGACACUCACACUUUUCACUUAUUUAACUUUUUUUUUCCCCCUACCGGACUUGAACGACAAUUUUUUUUUUUACCAGUCAGGGACGGACAUCUAGUGUUUUGUUUUUCUUGUCUCUGCAAACAAGCGAUCAAAGUAAUUAUUAUUUUACUAGCAUUUUAAAUUAUUCAACUGGGUUGACUAAGUAAGUUGGAAGCUGUAGCACACGCCUUUUUAUUUUUUUUUGCACAACCCAAUUCUCUUUUCCCUCUACGUUUAGUCUUAAGUAACAAAAACAGGGAACAAUGGCAGGUUUGAACUCUCUGGAAGCUGUGAAGAGGAAGAUUCAGAGUUUGCAGCAGCAGGCCGACGACGCAGAGGACCGGGCUCAGGUCCUACAGAGAGAACUGGACGGUGAACGGGAGCUCCGAGAAAAAGCAGAAGGUGAUGUCGCAGCUCUUAACCGUAGGAUCCAGCUGGUGGAGGAGGAAUUGGACCGAGCCCAGGAGAGGUUGGCCACAGCGCUGCAGAAGCUGGAAGAGGCAGAGAAGGCCGCAGAUGAGAGUGAGAGAGGGAUGAAGGUGAUCGAGAACAGAGCGAUGAAGGAUGAGGAGAAGAUGGAGAUCCAGGAGAUGCAGCUGAAGGAGGCCAAACACAUCGCAGAGGAAGCUGACCGUAAAUACGAGGAGGUGGCUCGUAAGCUGGUGAUCUUGGAAGGGGAUCUGGAGAGAGCUGAGGAGAGGGCUGAUCUCGCUGAAUGUAAAGCCAGUGACCUGGAGGAGGAGUUGAAAAAUGUGACCAACAACCUGAAAUCCUUAGAAGCCCAAGCGGAGAAGUACUCAGAAAAAGAGGACAAGUAUGAGGAGGAGAUCAAAGUUCUGACUGACAAACUGAAGGAGGCUGAAACCCGAGCAGAGUUUGCAGAGAGAACAGUGGCCAAACUGGAAAAGUCCAUCGACGACCUGGAAGAGAAAUUAUCACAUGCCAAAGAGGAGAACCUGGGCAUGCACCAAGUCCUGGACCAGACCCUGCAGGAGCUGAACAGCUUAUAAACGCCUGGAGAGGAAGAUGGAGAGGAUGAGAUCGUCAUUAACAUUCCAUUAAAACGUUCGACUCCAUUCCACAUUUCAAGCUGUAAAAUCGUCUCUCCUCACAUAAAGCGGGGAGGAUUAACUUAAUGCUUGUCCCUUGGUGUUAUGUUUUUUUUUCCAAUCCUCUUUCUUAUUGCUUGAUUUUUAUUCCCACUUGAAAUUGCAGGAAUUUAUUUCGAAAAAGAUUUUUGACCACUUAUUUAGAAAGAACCGUGAUAAAUUCGCCUAGAGAAAUGGGUUUUGAUGGAAGUCCUACAGGUUGAAUUGCUCAGGCAAUUUGUUGCUGACAUAAAAGUCACUCGUUUGUUUUUAGAAGGAUGCAAUUUAAGACAUUUUACUAAUCUGUGCCUGUCUGAUCCGCAUCCUCCUAAAUCUGCUUGGGUUUUAAUCUGCGUGGCUGAUGGAAAGGUUUUCAGUAAUAAACACACUAUUAAGGCAUAAGCUGCUCCUUCACUUUAAUCUUAUUUACGAUUAAUCAGAGUCCUGAACUUCAGAGCAGCUCUGACCAACUUGAGGACAUUUUGGAUAUUUACAGUGCAUUAAACUUUGGAUAAUUUGGGUAUCAUGAGAGUCUGAGCAGGCUGCACUACCUUUCCUACCGUAUCAGAACACUUGAGCGAGCAAAAUCCCAAAUCAGGAUCUCAGUCAGGUCUCAUCAACCAUUGAUAACUAUUGUACAUAGUAGGAGAAUGUUAGGUAUGUGACAAGUGGUAAUGCUCUGAAUUUUUUUUUUGUUUGCUUUUAUGCCACUUUUUUAUUUUCCAAGGGAAAUGCAAAGACCAAAGAACACAUGACACAGACAAUUAAUUCUUUAAAUGUUUUAUUUUAUUUUGUUGUGAUGGUCUCAGCUUAUGUCAAGGCCUAGGAGGGGGCCUAAAAAUUUGAUUGAGGUCCUUUUCUUUUUGUUUCAUUUACCACCCCCUCCAUGUUCAGCCCUCAAUAAAUGUUUUACAUAA